GUUAUUUAGUGGAGAUUUGUAUUGGUUUGAGUUAUCAAUUCUGCCGAAAAUAUUGUUGUUGACAUGCAGCAGCAGCAGAGAGGCAACGUGAGGCGUGAGCACCACCGGCGGGCGGCGCUGACACAGACUACCAGGACAGCACCACAGUGAACCCUCUGCUCACCAACGCACUCACACACACAAGUCACCACAAUGCCGCUCUUCUGCCGCUACUACGCGCAGAAGUACCCGGAGGUGGACGAUGUAGUGAUGGUGACGGUACGCAGCAUUGCCGAGAUGGGCGCCUAUGUUCACCUGCUGGAGUACAACAACAUAGAGGGCAUGAUCCUGCUGUCUGAACUCUCCAGAAGGCGUAUCCGAUCCAUGAAUAAAUUGAUCCGUGUGGGAAAGACAGAGCCGGUGGUGGUGAUACGUGUGGAUAAGGAAAAGGGCUACAUUGAUUUGUCCAAGAGGCGUGUGUCGAAAGAGGAUGUGGAGAGAUGCACAGAAAAGUUUGCCAAAGCGAAGGCCGUCAACUCCAUCAUCCGACACGUGGGGGAGCUGCUCAACUACACCUCGGAGGAGCAGGUGGAACAGCUGUACACCCGCACCGCCUGGCACUUUGAGGAGAAGUACAAGAAACAAGCGUGUGCUUAUGAUGUCUUCAAGCAGGCUGUCAUGUGAGUGGCUGGCUCGACCCCCACAAUCCUGGAUGAGUGUCAGCUGGACGAGGAGACGAGAAGUGUGCUGCUGACUCAGAUCCAACGCAAACUGCAGUCCCAGGCUGUCAAGAUCCGGGCUGACAUUGAGGUGUCCUGCUUUGAGUACGAGGGCAUCGAUGCGGUGAAGUCUGCUCUACGCGGCGGCAUUGAGAUGUCCACCAGCGAGAUCCCCAUCAGGAUAAACUUGAUUGCUCCUCCACUCUAUGUGAUGACGACACAGACGACAGAGAAGCAGGACGGUCUGAGGGCCCUGGAGGGAGCCAUCGAGAAGGUCACCACUGUCAUUAAGGAGUUUGGCGGCACCCUUACCGUCAAGAUGGCACCCAAGAUCGUGACAGACGUGGAGGAAGCGGACUUAGCAAGGCAGCUGGAGAAGGCGGAGGAGGAGAACAGGGAGGUCGCUGGAGAUGAUGAUGAGGAGGAGGAGGAGGAGGGUAUGGGAGAUUUGCCCGUUGAUAGUGAAGAGGAGGAAGGAGGGAAGAAAGAAGAAGAGGAGGCGAAGGAGGAGGAGGAGUAAAAGGAAGAUGAGGAGGAGGAGAAUUUGUAAGAUGAGAGAAAAGAGGAGAUUAGGAGGUGAGGGAGGAAUGACUGACACCCUCCCUCGCUCUCUUUCUCAGUCUCCUCUGUCUCUUUCUCUCCUUUUCUCUCUUUCGUCCUGCUUAAGUGGAAAAAAAGAAAAAAAUAUAUAUAAGAACACGUAAAUAUCUGACGCAAAGUGAGAGAUGGAGAAGUUUUAGCCAUUGUUUUUAUGGAAGAGUGAAGAAAGGCAGUGACAGAUGGACAAACGGACGGACGGACAGAAAAGCACAUGGAAAGAAAUGGAAACAAAGGCAAAAUAUUAAUGAUAAUAAAAGAGAUGAAAUUAAGUAA